GAUUGGCUGGAGCUAGAAGGCCUUUUCUGGCAGAGGAGACCACCAGGCCGGCUAAUCCUCUGGGCUGAGACUGGUUGGUGCCAGAAUCCUGGCUGGGAGCUUCUAGCAUUUCUUCUGCUUCUCGCUCCCAGCCGUUUGAGACCUCAGCUUCAGGCCCUUUCCGCGGUUCUGCUGACGUGGGAGUUGUCUUUGAUUUUUGACAGUGAAGCUCGGGAUGGCUUCCACGAGAAUCCGAGAGGCCAGGGAGAGCGAUUGUGGAGACAUUAUGAGGAUGAUCCGGGAACUGGCAGAGUUCGAGAAACUGUCCCAUCAGGUGAAGAUCAGUGAAGAAGCCCUGAGAGCAGAUGGCUUUGGAGAGAACCCUUUCUUUCACUGUUUGGUGGCAGAGAUUAUCCCAGCGCCUGGGGAGCCACAAGGGUCCCUUGUCGUGGGCUACGGGCUCUACUACUUCAUCUACAGCACAUGGACGGGACGAAACAUUUAUCUGGAAGACAUCUAUGUGAUGCCGCAAUAUCGGGGUCAAGGGAUUGGUACCAAAAUAAUCAAAAAGGUGGCUGAGGUUGCCCUCCAUAAAGGGUGCUCCCAGUUCCGCCUGGCAGUUCUGGAUUGGAACAAGAAGGCUGUGAACUUGUACAAGUUUCUAGGGGCUCAAGACCUGACCGAAUCAGAAGGCUGGCUCUCCUUUCGAUUUGAAGGAGAGGCAAUGAGGGAGUUGGCAAGAUGCUGACUUAUCCCCUCUCUUUCCUGCCUCUUCUUUGGGAUCACCAUAUCAAGUUUUCCUAAGACCAUAUCCACAGGCACUGGCCCAGACAGGCACUCAUCCAGAGGCUUCCCAGGGUGCAGAUUUCUGAAGUAUAUGGAGAGUGGAAGUAAGGGGGAGAAGCCUUGUUAGGAACCACAAAUAAAAUACUUUCUUUGCCCUGAUGGGCGGAGGAUAGGCUGCUGCAGCCAUUUUGAAAACCUUCUGUUUGAAUAUUGCUCUGAUGAGGACUGGACAGUACUGGUGGGCCCCAAGGACUCUAGGCACCCCAGUCUUGCCUCUAGCCUGCUAUAUAGAAAAAAGAACAAAAAUAGACAAUGGUAUAUCCAGCUUGUCAGUCAUCUUUGGAACCCAAAGAUAUUUUAGGACUGAUGCACUAAAGGCCACAGUCCGUGCGUGUCUGUCAGCAUUUCAAAGACACUAGGAAGGAGCAAUUGCCUCCCCUUAACUAAUCAAUCUCUACCAGGUAGGUGUGAUGGCAUGGUACUGGGGAGCAAGCUGGUGGGAGUUCGAAAAUCUUGAGCUCGGGUUGGGGCCCACCAGGAAAAGUGAGACCUGUUUUAUUAAAAAAAUUUUUUUUUUGUAAAUCUCCUUAUUACUAAUAGGACAUUGCCUACAAUAAAGUAAAAUUAAACAAAACCAAAAUCUUUAAAACACUGGAAACAAUAAACAGGUUAUUUUCCUUCUUU